AUGGCUGAAUCUGAAACGUUUAAUCUGUCAGGAGCUGAAAAACAUGUUGAAGAGGACAGACCACCGAACCGAUUUCGGUUGUUCGUUGGUCUUGGUAUAUUGGGAGCAGCAGUUGUAAUUUUCUUCCUUGGGUUUGUCAUCGGUUACUUUGCAAUGAAAGCCGGUGCAAGUGAGUCUCCUGCAAUGGUUCCCACAUGCCCUGUUAACGUCUUACCUACGACUUCACCCACGGGAAAGGGGGAUGAAUCUAAAUACAAGCAACUGCAUGAAAUGAUGGUCGAUUCACUCACAGCUGAAAAGGUUGAGGAAUUUUCCCGCAUUUUUACAAAGCGCCCCCACGUUGGUGGUGGAGAGCAAAACAGAAAGCUUGGCGAAUAUAUCCGUGACAAGUGGGUCAGCUAUAAGUUUGAUCACGUGGAAAUGGUGCGAUAUGACGUCCUUCUAUCCAGGCCACCAAGAGAUAAACCCAACGUCGUUCAAAUCAUCGACGUGCUCUUAGGAAACGUUGUCUGGAAUGUAACAGGCCCUGAAAAGAUCGCAGAGCCAAGUGAAAACGACCCUCUUGUCCUGCCACCCUUCCUGGGCUACUCUCCACCGGGAAUCGUGGAGGCUGAACUGAUGUACGCAAACUACGGUACUGUGGACGAUUUCCUAGAAUUAGAGAAGAGAAACUUGAAAUGCACUGGAAAGAUUGUGAUCAUGCGAUAUGGAAAAAUAUUUCGAGGAAAUAAGGUCCUAAACGCCCAAAACUGUGGAGCUGUUGGUGCACUGCUAUAUUCUGAUCCAGCGGACUACUCUCCACAAGGGAUGGAGGAAACGUUCCCAAAGACAUGGUGGCUUCCAGGAACUGGUACCCAGAGAGGAACCAUUGGCUUAGCAGAUGGUGAUCCUUUGACCCCUCUCCUGCCAUCAAUAGACGGCAUUUACAGACUAGCCAUCAACGACACCGACGCCAUACCGAAAAUUCCUGCACAAGUGUUAACGUAUGAUAAUGCUGUCGAAUUUUUGAAGCGUCUUGGAGGUAAACCAGUACCCUCAAGCUGGGCAGGUGGCCUAGGCAUCGUCUAUAAGUUUGGCCCAGGCUCCCCAGAUAGAGACUUGAAAGUGAGACUGGAGGUGAACAACCAGUUCGUUACGUUGCCUGCGUAUAACGUCAUUGGUACGAUCCUUGGAAAAGAAGAGCCCGAUCGUUGGGUGCUUAUGGGAAAUCACCGAGACGCUUGGGUGUUUGGCGGAGUGGAUCCUUCAAGUGGGUCAGCGGUUAUGAUGGAAGUGUCGCGCGGCUUGGGAAAACUACUGAACGAAACUGACUGGCGGCCUAGGAGAACGCUCAAGCUUUGCAGUUGGGGCGCUGAGGAAUAUGGUCUAAUCGGUUCAUAUGAAUGGGUGGAAGAAAACAGAAACAUGCUAAGAGACAAAGCAGUCAUGUAUCUGAAUGUUGACUCUGCGGUGAAAGGAAACUACAGCUUUGGAGCAAAUGGGAAUCCUUCCUUAAAGUCACUUGUUUAUCGAGAAACCGCAUCUGUGAAGGAUCCCAAUGAGCGAGAAAAGAGCGCAAGUGUUUAUGAUCGCUGGUCAAAGAAAUAUCCUUCCUCAUCUCCUGGAAAACCUCAAUUUGGAGGUCUAGGCUCUGGAUCUGAUUAUGCACCUUUCAGUCAUUUCAUUGGAGUAUCAAGUAUUGACAUGAGUUACAGAUUUAAGAGCAUGAACAGGACCCUAUAUCCUGUUUAUCACACAGUUCAUGACACAUUCUACUGGCAAAAAACCUUCAACGAUCCACAUUUCACCACUCACUUGGCGAUGUCUCAAAUAGGUGCAAGAAUUCUGCUCGCGGCUGCUGACACUCCCUUAUUUCCUUACAAUCUCACGGACUACAAAAUAGCUCUGAAACGUAACCUUGAUACCUUGGAAACAGUCCACAAAUCUGAACUCUUGAAGGGAAAUAUAACUCUUAAUUACCUGGCUCGUGAGGUAGCAGAGUUUUCAAAAACUGCAGACGUCUUCGAGCAAAGAAAGGCUAACGCUAGUGAUAUCAAGGACUUCACCCAACUGCGUAUUCUUAAUGAUCAGAUGAUGAACAUGGAGCGCGCUUUCAUUUGGCCAUUCGGACUUCCGGGAAGGACACGAGUUCGCCACGUGCUGUUUGCGCCUCAGAUGCACAACAUCUAUGGUAGUUCUAGCUUCCCAGGAAUCACCGAUGCCUUGUUCGACAUCGACAAGACCAACAACUGGCAACUUGUUAAAGAUCAAGUGUCGAUCGCCAUAACGUGUGUGCGAGAAGCGCGCAAGAUUUUGGCCGCGUAGACAACUAGUGUGUGUCCUUUGUUCUCUGAAGUGUUUAACUUUACUCAAGUUAAAACCAAAUUCUGAAAAACGAUGAACUUUUACUAAUAGUGAAGAAACCUGAGAUUAGUACACAGCUUUCUCCUUUUUACUAUGAAAGAGUGCGCUCAUGAUUUUCUCAUUGCUUGUUGAGGUGAAUAAUUGGUCUUACUUUUUUGAGCAUACCUGUAAGAUGUGGUUGAGUGAUUAAACUGCAGUGAGAUUUAAA